AUGCAGAAGAUCUUGCAAACAGAUGACAUUACCAAUACCCAAGCUCUUAGAAAAGGAAAAAGGAAAAGGACAGAGACAAUGGACUCAGAGAAUGCAAAUAGUGACAUGGAUAAAGGACAGGUCUCACUGAUGUCCUCCACUCUUUUCUCAAGUCCAAGAGACCCAUAUUCAGGAAAUGCUUUUCUGCCUGGUGAGAGCUCCAGUGAAGAUGAAGAGCCUUUAGCAGAACUGUCAAAGGAGGAAUUGUGCAUGAAAAUAAAAAGUCUGAAACAAAAACUAACAAACACCCGGAAAGAAAACAGCCGACUUCGACAGUCUUUGGUCAUGCUUCAAGUGUUACCGCAAGCAGUCACCCAGUUUGAAGAAUUGGUUGGUAUGGCAGAAGCCCUGCUUAAGGGUGGAGGAACCAUGUCCACAUCUGCAUCCACCCUCUGGAGAGCAACAAACAACUCCUCACCAGACUCAUUUGCCUCAACGUGCAGUAAUUCUAACUCUAAUUCCAGCUCACCAAUUUCCUUGAAAGCUGAAGAAGAGCAUCAUACUGAUGAGAAACAGUUCAAGAUUGAAAAAUGGCAGAUUGCCCGUUGUAACAAGAGCAAGCCUCAGAAGUUUAUUAAUGAUUUAAUGCAAGUACUUUAUACAAAUGAGUACAUGGCCACACACAGCCUGACCGGAGCCAAGUCCUCUACUUCCAGGGACAAAGCCGUAAAACCAGCUAUGAAUCAGAAUGAAGUUCAAGAAAUCAUAGGAGUCACAAAACAGUUAUUUCCCAACACAGAUGAUGUUUCAAUUAGGAGAAUGAUAGGGCAAAAGCUAAACAACUGUACCAAGAAGCCAAAUUUAAGCAAAAAUCUGAACUCUCAGGACAUUAAGUAGAACCUUUUGGUAUUGUAGGUAACUGAAAUAAAACACCUUCAGUUCUGAAUCUAACACUGGAUUUUGUUGGAGAAUCUGCAACCUCCCUGACUGGGAGCUCAGAGACACAUAGUGACAGGCUGUGAGACAUCUGUAAUAUUGAGGGCUCUUGAUGGAGCAACGAGCUUGCUGAAGAAGCUGCAUGUAGAUUCCACCAUAAAUAUCAGUGAUGCAUCAAACCAGAGAAUUUCUAGCAGUCAACUAAGCAUGCAAUAUGGUUUCUUGGACAUAAUGCAUUUUCCUGUCUCCAAAUGUUUCUCUGCACAGCUAACUAACACAAUAGAGCUCUCAUCAUAACAAAAACUUCAACCCCUAAGAUUUGUCAUUGUCCUUAUCAAUCACUGUACAUUUAUUAUUACCAAUGACUCCCCAUUUAAGUUUUUGGAUCUUUAACAUAAGCACAUGUUUGGAAAAGUAAACAGUGAAAUAAUCAAUGUUCAUGAACGUGAGGGCAGCAAAAUUGGCCUAAAAUCUGAUAAUCAUAUCUAACCAAGCAAUGGCGUCUUCUCAAUGAAAAUUACAGAAUUAUUCUGUUACCUAAAAAUGUAUAAAAUAAGAAUCUCCAGAAAAAAUAUGAAAGCAGCAAGACCUUUUAAUUUUAAUGUAGAACUAUUUCACUGUACUCCUGAAAAAGAAAUAAACCCAGGUUUUUGUGAGUAUUAAAACAAUGCAUCAAAUUGAAAUUUUUUUCUGUUUACAUGCUUCUAACUUUUUACUGCCCAAGUACAUUAAAUACAGAUAUGUAAUAUAAGACAUAAAUAUCUUUUAAAAUACCCUAUAUAAGAUAUAUCAUCCUGUGUAUUUGGUUGGUUUUAUUGCUACACUGCUUAGUUUUAACUGGUUUGAUUUCAUUCUAUCAGAAGAAAAAAGAAUUGAAAAUAAAAUCACAUGGGUUGUAUAAUCACAUAAAAAGAAAAAUACCAUUUUGUAAAUGAAUGAAAGAUAAAACAUUCUUCAUCAAGAGGCUUCUCCUGUGAUGUCAGGUUGUCACACAUGACAACUUUGCAAUAUCAAGCCAUGCUUCUUCAGUUACAAGGUCAUGUCUAAACUUGGAAAAGAGGAUACAUAUAAUAGUUGGAAAGUUCAGAACUGUGGACCCAGGGAACAUUCCAUAAUGCUGCUUGAUAACAAUGUGGUCGUACAAAAUAAAUACGAUUAAGGAAAUAACUUAUGUGAACAUUUGCUACUUUUACUGAAGUAUAAAUAAAUCCCAUUGGAAACAUAAAAAAGUAUUUGCU